AUGGCCGGCGUGGGCGGUGGCGCUCACGCCUUCUCGACGCAGGAGAAAAUCCAGAUGGACAAGCCCAUCGUGGACCUGGACGGUGAUGAGAUGACCAGGGUCAUCUGGCAGAUGAUAAAGGACAAGCUCAUUCUGCCAUACGUCGACCUGAAGUCUGUGUACUUCGACCUCGGCCUUCCAAGCCGCGACAAGACUGACGACCAAAUCACGAUCGAUGCUGCGAAUGCCAUCAAGGUGCAUAAUGUGGGCAUCAAGUGUGCAACGAUCACCCCAGAUGAGGCCAGGGUGGAGGAGUUCAAGCUGAAAAAGAUGUGGCUCAGUCCCAACGGUACCAUCCGUAAUAUUUUGAAUGGGACUGUCUUCCGCGAGCCCAUCGUCAUGUCGAACGUGCCUCGGCUUGUCCCGGGAUGGAAGCAGCCCAUCGUGAUUGGCAGGCACGCAUUUGGAGACCAAUACCGCGCCACCAACUUCGUGGUCGACCAGCCUGGUAAGCUCGAGAUGGUGUUCACGCCUGCGGGUGGCGAGCCCAAGAAGUACGAGGUGUUCAAUUUCCCAGCGCCCGGCGUGGCCAUGGGCAUGUACAACACCGACGAGUCCAUCACGGGCUUCGCCCAGGCGUGCUUCCAGUACGCCCUGGACAAGAAGUGGCCGCUGUACAUGUCCACCAAGAACACCAUUCUGAAGCAAUACGACGGAAGGUUCCUGAUCAUCUUCCAGGAGAUGUACGAAAAGGAGUUCAAGGCCAAGUUCGAGGCCGCGGGCAUAUGGUACGAGCACCGCCUAAUCGACGACAUGGUGGCCCAGGCGCUCAAGUCGUCCGGCGGAUUCGUGUGGGCGUGCAAGAACUACGACGGCGACGUGCAGUCCGAUAUCGUAGCCCAGGGAUACGGUUCGCUGGGCCUGAUGACCAGCGUGCUGCUGGCGCCCGACGGGAAGACGGUGGAGGCCGAGGCGGCACACGGCACCGUCACGCGCCACUGGCGCGAGUACCAGAAGGGCAACGCCACCUCCACCAACCCCGUGGCCAGCAUCUUCGCCUGGACGCGCGGCCUGGCGCACAGGGCGAAGCUGGACGGAAACGAGCCCCUGGGCAAGUUCUGCGCUGACCUCGAGGCCGCCGUCAGGGACACCAUCGAGGGCGGGCAGAUGACUAAGGACCUGGCCAUCUGCGUGCACGGCACCACCAAGGUCACGCCGGACCAGUACCUGUACACGGAGCCCUUCAUGGACGCCAUUGUCGAGAAGCUUCGCAGUAGGCGGGCUUGA